UUUUGUCCCUCUCGGCCUCCGUACCCGUGACGCCCCACAGCAGCUGUUAGUGUGGAGCUGCUGUCACAGCUAACACAGCUGUUGUUCACCGGCUAGCUUGCUCCAGCAGGAGGGGGGGAAACAGGCACACAAUGGCAGGUGUGCACCCUCAGGACGACCUGCUGAAAAUGACCCACAGAGAGAACUGGAAGGUGCAGCAUGAGCAUCUGCAUGUGAAGCACAGGGGUCAUGAAGCCAUGCAUGCAGAGAUGGUCCUGAUCCUCAUCGCCACGCUGGUGGUGGCUCAGAUCGUCCUGGUGCAGUGGAAGCAGAGGCACCACCGCUCCUACAAUCUGGUGACCCUCGUCCAGAUGUGGGUGGUCCCCCUUUACUUCACCAUCAAACUGUACUGGUGGAGGUUCCUGUCCAUGUGGGGGAUGUUCUCCGUCGUCACCAGCUACGUCAUCUUCAGAGCCACGCGUAAGCCUCUGUCCUGCAGGACGCCCAGGAUGGUGUACAAAUGGUUCCUGCUGAUCUACAAGCUGAGCUAUGCAGUGGGCGUCCUCGGCUACCUGGCCAUCAUGUUCACCAUGUUCGGCUUCAACGUCUUCUUCAGGAUCAAGGCCGAGGACUCGAUGGACGUGGGUGUCAUCAUGUUGUUCUACGGGCUUUACUACGGCGUCAUGGGCAGAGACUUUGCAGAGAUCUGCUCGGACUACAUGGCUUCAACAAUCGGGUACUACAACAAGGGAGGCAUGCCCAGCCGGAGUCUGACAGACGACAUCUGUGCGGUGUGCGGUCAGAGGAUCCUGGUGGACGUGGAGGAGGAAGGAUUCAUAGAAGACACCUACCAGCUCUCCUGUGGACACAUCUUCCACGAGUUCUGCAUCCGCGGCUGGUGCAUCGUGGGAAAGAAGCAAACCUGUCCCUACUGCAACGAGAAGGUGGACUUGAAGAGGAUGAUGAACAACCCCUGGGAGAAGACUCACGUCCUGUAUGGGCAGCUCCUGGACUGGCUCAGGUACCUGGUAGCCUGGCAGCCCAUCAUCAUCGGCAUCGUCCACGGGAUUAACUUCACCCUGGGUCUGGAAUAGAGCCGGCUGGAAGAACCUCGUUUUGUUCAAGUGCCAAAAGACACUGGCAGAACCUUGUCAGAGUCAGCGCUGCGAGGACAGGAUUGGGACUGGAGUCCUCUGUGGUCUUAGUACGUGUUGCAGAGGACACUGUGAGGCCUAAACUGCUGCUAACUCUGACUCAAUACUGAAGCACAGACUCAGUGUUGGUUGUAUUCAAAACACCUGAUGCAGAUAUGACUAGUUUGUAAAGUUGCAUGUGGUUUUUACAAAGAAGAGUCACAGCUUUACUUUGGGAUGUUUUCUAAAAAAAUGCCUUUUAAUAGUUACGUUGCACACUCCACACACACACACACACACACACACACACACACACACACACACACACACACACACACACACACACA